UUUGUUGCGGACGAAACAGUGUUGACAAACAUUUGGUGACGAAAAUGAUUGGAAAACAAUAGACAAGUUGAAAAAUAGCCACAAAAAUGCCAGAAAAUGCGGCCACGUCGGUGCCCACAGAGGCUGGCUUCCGCAACUUGCGGAGCCAACUGGCGGGCAGCACGUUUGGCCAACGGCGCGAGGACAUCUUUCGUCGUGUCCAAGAAAGUGCGCAUCGUAUCUCACUGAAGUUCAGCGGUAAAGAACUGGCCACGGAGCGUGAUGAGUCUGUGCAGGAGCUGUGCGAUUCCCUCGAGGAGCUGCUGUCCUAUGGACUGAGACAAUCGGCCAGUUCCUCCUCCUUCAGCGCUGCCAAUUUCAUCCAGAACAUGCAGGAGAUAGUGUCCGGAAGUGCUAGUGGGGGCAGCAACAACAAUGACGCCACUUUCUGGGAAUUCUGCCAGUCGCAUUUGACGCCCCACGAAAGGCAGCGGUACAUGGACCUUAGGCACAUCUGGACUAAUGUGGGUAGAGGACGUGCCUUCAUACGCUCCACGCUGAACGAGAGGCGCUUGCAUAGCCAUGUGCUCACCUGGCUAAGCGACGAGGAGCAACUGCAUCGCUUUUACACACCCUGGUCGCUGCUGCUCAACGAUGAGGCGGCAAAGAAGCUGCCGGAGAUCCUAGAUUCACUCAGGGAUGUUUUGUUCGCCCUUAAUGUGGACACCACGGAGCUAAAUGCUCCCAGACGGACGGCAGCUACUACCGUCGAAGAAGAACCCAUUAUAAUUGCUCCCAGUCCAGUACCUGUGAUAGGGCUCAAUAAAAAUCGACCUGGAUUUGCCGUGGAGCGGCCCAUUGAGGGCGCCACCUCCACAGAAGAUUUACUGAGUGCACUGACCCCCGUCCAGCCGGUGGAGAUGGAACAACUACUCUCCAAGAAUGCAAUAGAACAGGAGUUAGUUGAGUCUGUCGAGGAAGUCAGUGUGGGUCCGUUUGAUCCCAUUGGUCCAGAGUUGGAGUUUCUAAAGACGCCGUUGCCUGAGAUUAGUCCACAGGUCCCAGAACCAGAUCUGUACGAAGACCGCAGCGAUACUUCCUCGCAAUGGAGCAAGUCCUCCUCCUCUGCAAACUGUGUGGCCAACAGCCAGCAGCAGGCAGCGCUGGAGGAGCAGGUGAAUCAGCUUAACGAAAGAUGCGCUCUCCUGGAAACCCGCGUGGCGGAGCUGAAUCUGCAGAACCGCCUACUCAUCCGAAGGCUGACAAAACAGUUUGAGGAGACCGGCAUUGAUCCCAGCUCAUCGCUCUGCUCCAACUUCCUGAUAACCAUUCCGCAAGUAAAACUUGCCAAGACGCAGCGAACUGGUUCCCACUACACCUAUGAGGUUCACAUCACGAUGCGGCAACGUUUGGAGCACUGGUCGUUUUUCAGGCGAUACAGCGAGUUCAACAAGCUGCAUAAGACCCUGCUGAAGACACAUCCGGUGGUCAGCGCCGUGGAGUUCCCGCCAAAGAAACAUUUUGGCAACAUGAACAUGGUCUUUGUGGAGGAAAGGCGCCAGCAGCUGCAGAUAUAUCUGCUUAAUCUCGUCGAAAUCCUGCCUCAGGUGGAGAUUUGCAAGACCAAGGCGGAGCUGCAGAAGGUCUUUCCCUUUUUUAGAGAUCGGUAGCCAUCUUUAAGAGACAUACGCUAUUAUAACACAACAUAGAGCGCUCGAAAAUAAGUAUUCUCCCUUCUGACAUAUUUCGUAAUACAGAUCUUUACUUAUAUGUGUAAAAACGGAGUUGGUCCAUGUGCUGUAAUAAUUGAUAUUAAAUAAAAAUAAGACUUUUUCAUCCAAA